CGGCACCGAGCAGUGUCAACAACUGUACCAUCGAACACGAGACCCCGGCUCCAACUCGUAUGGACGAUAGACCGAGAUACUCACGCGGUUUGUUGGCACAUGACACUUUCUUCAACCUUUUCUUGAGCUAUUUUCUACCGUUCUUAUUACUGUUUCACGUAUCUAAGUUUCAUAGCCUUGCUUGCAGAAUCUCCCUCACUCCAGUGUAGCAUUACGGACGUCGUUGAUCCGACUCUCUUUGAACUCCCAAGAUGAAGUCCAGCAGCUCCUCAUUCCCUCGCAUUACCGAGAUCAGGACGUUCCUUGUCCAAGGCGUAGGCUCCGGAGGAGACUAUCACAAUGUCAAGGGCGGCCACUGGUUGAUCGACUCCAAGAUUUCAACCCCGAUGUCCGGCUACGAGGAGUACAGGAAAUCGAGGACUAGCUGGGGUAUCAAUGUACUCGGGUCUUUCUGCGUAGAGAUCGAGGCAUCAGAUGGCACGAAGGGCUUUGCAACUGGCUUUGGCGGCCCGCCAGCCUGCUGGCUUGUCGCCGAGCAUUUCCAGCGGUUCUUGAUCGGAGCCGACCCUCGAGAUACGAACCAUCUCUUCGAGCAAAUGUACCGCGGUUCCAUGUUCUACGGCCGGAAAGGUCUGCCCGUAGCAGUGAUAUCUGUCAUUGAUCUGGCGAUAUGGGAUCUGCUGGGCAAGAUUCGCAACGAGCCAGUAUAUAAGAUGAUAGGCGGCGCUACAAGAGAAAGGCUGCACUUCUACUGCACGGGACCGCAGCCUGCCGCGGCAAGGGAUAUGGGCUUCAUCGGUGCAAAGGUCGCCUUACCCUACAGCCCGGGUGAAGGUCCUGAAGGUAUGAAGAAGAACGUCGAGUAUCUCCAUCAGAAGCGAUCAGAAGUCGGGCCGGACUUUCCACUCCGAGUUGACUGCUAUAUGAGCCUGAACGUGCCGUAUACCGUUGAGCUCGUGGAGAAGUGCAAAGACUUGCACAUUGAUUGGUGGGAAGAGUGUCUGUCACCCGAUGACUUUGACGGCCACGCUCUGCUCAAGCGCGCGCACCCAACAGUGAAAUUCACGACUGGCGAGCACGAGUACUCGCGGUACGGUUUCCGCAAGCUCAUUGAAGGUCGCAAUAUCGAUAUAUUGCAACCGGACGUUAUGUGGGUAGGCGGACUUACGGAGCUGCUAAAGGUCUCCGCAAUGGCAGCAGCGUAUGACUUACCCGUCAUCCCUCAUGCGAGCGGUCCAUACAGCUACCACUUUGUGGUCUCGCAGAGCAACAGUCCGUUUCAAGAAUACCUGGCAAACUCCCCAGACGGUAAAAGUGUCAUGCCGGUUUUCGGCAACUUGUUCACAAAUGAGCCAAUUCCGACGCAAGGUUACCUUGACGUGUCAGAUCUCGACAAGCCUGGCUUUGGGCUGGAAAUCAAUCCUUCAGCGCCCCUGAUAGAUGCGGCGCACAUACUCAAUCCGGCGCCCUCGAAGUCACUGGAACCUCCACCAAGGGUAGAUGGCGAAGCAAAGUGAACGGGAAUACCAGAGACGGCAUUUGUGUCUUCACUUCAGCAUCAGGUUGGGCAGGACCGGCGUAGCAUGGAAGUCCGUUCCCCUUAUGGCACUUGCAUGCGCACACAAGCUGCCUUUGGUUGCAAUUUUUUACUCGAGACAGCUCGCUCUUGGGAGGGUCUAAUGCCUCCAUGAAACAUGAACGAAAUUCUCCGGUUCUCGCUGAUCCUCCAUCUAGAGCCAGCCAGCUAAUUUUACGUUCGGUUCGGUAGAAAUAUCCCUCGC